AUGUCCUUGGCUUCGUUCGUGUCCACCAACUUCUCGUCCUCCCUCAACGAGCAGUGGGAGGUGAUGAGGUCUGUUGUGCAGGAUAUGCGGCAAGCUGCGAUUCCUCCUGCGACAAGAUGCAUAUCCCGAAGAGCAAAGCGAUACAAUCCCGAUCAUGGCGCUCCAGAAAGGUUUCAUCCUCCUGCAGAUGAUGGCGAGGAGGCUGAGGACGAGGGACUCCGAAGGUUCGUCGCCGACAACCCUCCCAGCACCCCAGAGAAGUACACUCCUCUCGUGGUGCCUGUCUGCGGGGUUCAGCUCGUAGGGGGUGAGAAUGCGACGGUGGCAGAUGUCGCCCAGUCGAUGAUCGAGGCCUCGAAGCACAAGGCCAUGGCAAAGAUGGCCAGCGAGCGACCGGCAUGGGACUCCUCCUGGCAGUCGCAGACGCUGCGUCAGGCGGAGGAGAGAGUUGCCGAGGCGUCGGACUACUUGACCGACUUUGCCGGCAUCAGCAUGUGCGGCAUGCAGCCCCUGGAGGCAGUCAAGUCGAUGGAUGCCUCGCUCCCUGUCAGCAGCCGCCUCAUGGGCUGCUCCACCUCCUCCUGCGCCAUCAGCUCCCUCGAGCCCCUCGGGGCCGAGGAGAACAAGAGCAUCCUCAGGCGCCUGCUGGAUUCUCAGCUGGGGAAACCCGACUCCAUCGGGCUGAUCAUGCGCUUCGAGCCAGGUGGAGGGAAGCUCUUCGUCUCCGACAGGGCGAGGGCCACCUCCAAGGAAUGGCUGGCUCAUCACAAGAUCCUGUAUGGACGGGCAGUCCGGUGCCUCCCCUCCUCCUCCCGUGACCCUCCCGACGACUUCCCCGCAAUGAACAGCAUGUUCUACGAGGUAGAAGACAACUUGGAGGAGCCCAUCCUCGGGUAUGCCUGCGUCAGGGCAGAGGCUCAUUGCCUGGACAAGGCGAGGAGGAGGCGAGCGGAGCUGAAGGCAGUGCUGAGCUUCAUGCACGAGGGGGUCGAGAGAGGGGAGAGCGUGCUGGUGCACUGCAACAUGGGCAUGAACCGCUCCCCGACCGUCGCGCUCUGUUACCUCAUGAUCUACCACAAGAUGGCCGCGCGCGAUGCCUUCGACCUCCUCCAGCUGCGCGGCCCCUCGAGGCUCAUCGUCCGGCACCCCAACUUCACCCGGCAGCUCUUCUUCCUGGAGCAGGAGCUCCUCCUUGCUCGACACCACUCGGACGUGCGGACCUGGCACGAGCUCCCCGAUCGCUGGGGAGACGUGCUCUUCGAGCCCCCGGAGACGCGCAGGGAUGACUUGACCUCUCCGUUCCUGCUCGAACGCCUGCUGUCGCAAUCGAACACGACCUCUAAGAUCAUGGCGAUGAAGGAAAGACACCAAGAGGACUUGCAUCGGAGCGAGGAGGAUGGAGGAAGCGCGGGGACGUUGUCCGGGGAGGAAGUCGUGCAAGAGGAGCUCAAGAGAAAUCAGGUUGAGGAGCAGGUAGCAAGGGAGGGCGGGGAGGGUCAACCGAAGGCGCGGUGGGGGAGGAAGGUUGGAGAGAGGAAGGAUGCGUACGAGCGAACGAGGAGCUACGAGGCAUCCUCGGAGUGCGUCUCAGCGGUGGUUGAAGUCCUCCACAACAAGAUGUGGAACCUCAAGAUUCUUGUGCUGGAGAGGGUGGACGAGGGUCACUACAUCCUGGGCUUCAGCCCUGUCCAGCAGAUAAUGGGCAUGGCGCCGUUGGAGCAGCUCCUGUCCCUUCGUGACGCCAAGUUUGAGCCGCAUGGAAGUUGUGAAUUCACUGUUACCGCUUGCUUCAAGACUGUCCGGGUGGCUGCUGAAUCAUCGGCCGAGCGAGAUGCGCUGGUGGAGGUGGGGCGGCGGAUGGCUGAGGCUUGCAGCCGAGAGGAGGAGGAGGAGGAGGAGCAUCUUGCGGAUUUGGAUGAGACAGGAUGUGACGGGGCGGUAGCGCGGAGGGCGCAGCUGCUGUCAAGCGAGUCGGAUGAUGAGGAGGAAGUCCUGAUCUAA